AUGGAUUUCUUGUGUCUUCUGUUGGUGCUGCUACAUUGUCUUGCUUCAACUCAAGCAUGUGGCAAGACUCAUUCCCAUGUUUUCAAUGUGGAGGAAGUUCCUCGUACUCGGCUGUGUAGAACGAAGAGCAUAAUGACAGUCAAUGGGCAGUUUCCAGGACCCAAUCUGUAUGCUCACAGAGGAGAUACCAUUGUUGUGAAGGUCCACAACCAUGCAUCAAAGAAUGUUACCAUCCACUGGCAUGGAGUAAAGCAGCCAAGGAAUCCAUGGUUAGAUGGCCCUGAGUUCAUCACGCAGUGCCCCAUUAAGCCUGGAGCCAGUUUCACCUACACCAUAAUCCUCUCCACCGAGGAAGGAACCGUUUGGUGGCACGCGCACAACGACUUCGAUCGAGCCACCGUACAUGGCGCCAUCGUCGUUCGUCCCCGGCGCGGAACGCGCUACCCCUUCCCACACCCCUUCCAAGAAUUCGUCAUCAUGCUCGGGGAGUGGUGGAACCGGGGCGCCAAUGUAAUACUGGAAGAGGCUCUUAGCACGGGAGGUGAAGUCAACAGCUCCGAUGCUUUCACCAUUAAUGGACGACCGGGCGAUCUCUACCCUUGCUCGUCUGCAGGAACCUUCAGAAUGCCGGUGGAGCACGGCAAGACCUACCUCCUCCGCGUCGUGAACGCCGCGAUGAGCAACGGGCUCUUCUUCUCCGUCGCCAGUCAUACCGUCGUGGUCGUAGGAUCUGACGGGAACUACGUCAAACCUUUGUCCUCGGAUUACAUCAUGAUCACGCCCGGGGAAACGAUGGACUUGCUACUGGAAGCUAACCAGCCUCCCGACGCACUCUACUACAUGGCAGGCCGGGCGUUUAGCUAUCUCUCCCUCGGCUCGUUUCCCACCACCGCCACCACCGCCAUCGUCGAGUACGUUUCUGACCUCCCCUUGGAGUCGACUAAACCCCUCCUGCCAACCCUUCCUUACUACAACGAUACCGCGGCGGCGACCAACUUCUCCUUCGCGCUCCGUAGUCCAGCGAACGCCGCCCACCCGGUGGAUGUCCCCAAGACGGUCGACCAAGACAUGUUCAUCGCGGUCGCCAUUAACGAGCUCGAGUGCCCCCAGGCGUCGUGCGCCGGGCCCAACGGGACGCGGCUGCGGGCAAGCCUCAACAACAUCAGCUUCGUGGACCCUCCCAUCGACAUACUGGAAGCCUACUACGCGGGGAUCGGCGGCGUGUUCGGCGAGAACUUCCCGAGCAUGCCGCCGUACUACUACAACUUCACGGCGACGGACCAGCCGCUGAGCCUCUUGCUCCCGACGCUGGGGACCGAAGUCAGGGUCUUGGAGUACGGGGCGAGGAUGGAGGUGGUGUUCCAGGGGACGUCGCUUGUGAUGGGGGACAACCAUCCCAUGCACCUGCACGGCUACAGCUUCUACGUGGUGGGCUGGGGCUACGGGAACUUCGACAAGAAGAGAGAUCCCCUGAGGUACAAUCUGCAAGAUCCACCAUUCAAGAACACCAUCGGAGUUCCCAUAAACGGAUGGGUGGCCGUCAGAUUCACAGCCAACAAUCCUGGGGUGUGGUUCAUGCAUUGCCAUAUCGAGCGCCACAUGAUUUGGGGAAUGAACACCGUGUUGAUAGUGAAGGAUGGCGAAGGACCAAAGGAGAAGGUGCUGCCUCCACCUCGCUACAUGCCGCCUUGCUAGGACUCUCAACUCCACAAGCGUGUUGAUCGUAUGCUACGAGUUUAAUCCUGUCAUGUACCAGUUCUUACGAUCUUUACUUGCAUAGAAUAAAUUUGAAGU